UGGAGAGCAUUUUUUUAUCCUAACUUUCCCUUCAUCGUAGUUCCAAAUAUGGCGAAAUUGCUUCUAACGAUCUCUAUCUUCAUACUCUCAAUCGCACAAUUCUUCCUUCAAGGAGUAAUUUCGUCGGCAACGUUUACAUUUGUGAACAAGUGUGAUAAAACAGUUUGGCCAGGCAUUUUGUCGAACGCUGGGAUUGCACCUCUUCAAUCAACAGGUUUUGCUCUCCAAAAAGGCGAAUCGAAGGUACUCAACGCGCCCUCGUCAUGGGGUGGUCGGUUCUGGGGAAGAACACACUGUUCCGAGGAUUCAGAUGGUAAAUUCUCCUGUGGUACUGGCGAUUGCGGAUCUGGAAAGAUGGAAUGCGCCGGUGCCGGAGCUACACCUCCAGCCACCUUGGCUGAAUUUACUCUCGAUGGCGAUGGUGGGAUGGAUUUCUUCGAUGUUAGUUUGGUUGAUGGAUACAAUCUUCCGAUGAUGGUGACACCUAGCGGCGGAUCUGGACAUAAUUGUACGUAUACUGGGUGUAUGACGGACUUGAACGGUGCGUGUCCGGCGGCGUUGAAGGUGAUGAACUCCGAUGGCAAUGGGGUGGCGUGUAAAAGCGCGUGUGAGGCGUUUGGACAACAACAGUAUUGCUGUAGCGGCGAGUAUGGUACACCCGACACUUGCAAACCCUCGUCUUACUCGCUUCUCUUCAAGACUGCUUGUCCACGCGCCUACAGCUAUGCCUACGAUGAUAAAACGAGCACUUUCACUUGCAACGGCGCCGACUACCAGGUUACCUUUUGCCCGCCGCCGACCACCAGCAAGAAAUCAACCGAGGGGCAAGAAACUCCGGCGGUGCCAACGAUGCCAGAGUUCGACAGUGGAAUGGUUUUCGAAGGUGCAAACGCAAUGGAAAAUAGCGGAGCUCCAUCACGGAACACCUACAUUCACAUGGCCAUUAUGGCAGCGGUUAUGACAGUUGUAUCAUUAUGAGCCCGGCCCAUUCAGAGUCACGCGAAAAAGAAUCAUCCAUUAACCUUUCGAGUCUGGGUGUGGGCUCGUCUUCUUUUCAAUUCAUGUUUCCCUAUUUUGUCCUCCCGACCCGUUUGGGCCCCGAUGUGACGUGGACUCGAGUCAUCUUGAAAAGCUACUCCCCACCAAAAACCCACCCUCUCGCUUUAUUCUUUCGGAUCCAACUUCUUUUUCGGAUUCGAUCGGGAAGAAAAAAAACAAGAUUAUCAUUAGAGAAUUUUGGAUUGCAUUAUUGAGUUGUACGGUACAAGUUGAGGAAUUUGUGGGUGAUUCUUUUUUAGAAUUAAAAAAAUAUAGGAUUUUAGGUUGAAUAAAUUGUUUAUGGAAUUAUUAGGUGUAUUGAUGCAACAUGUAAACCAUUCUAUUUAGUGGGAAAAUUAUGUGGAA